AUGAAUUCGUCUAUAAUCGUUCCAAUCACUUUGUGGAGUGGCUCGGGACCUAGUUUUCGUGUGUCGUCCAUUAGCGUAUCUCCUAAUUUAAAAAAUUUAAUUACUGGUAGCUGGACAGGACAACUUUGUUUGUGGAACUUGAAUGUUGCAAAGAAAAAAAUUUACCCUAAAAAUAUUUUGAUUGGACACGAAAAUUCCGUUUCAUGUAUGGUAAGCACAAAUGAAUUUGUAAUUAGCUGUUCUGAAAGUGGAGAAAUGUGCAGAUGGCAUUUAGAGGAUGGUUUCUGUGAAAUUGCAAAAAACUCAUUACACAUUCAUAAAAACAUACAGCUAUAUAAAGCAAAUAAAAAUACUGAUGAUUUAGUUUUUACCUGUGGUGAUUAUUCUGAAAUUUUUAUAUAUCAGUCGUUUACGCUACAAAAAAUUAGUUGUUUAUUUAGCGAAUCCAAUGGUUGUUGGAUAACUAACUUUCACGUUAUAUCAUCUGAGAAUAAAGAAAAUAUGAUAGUUGCAGGUAUCACAGCAAAAGGCUGCCUUAAAUUAUGGACAGUAGAUGAUAGCAUAAAUAAAUUACAUCAAGAAAUUCAAUCAAACAAUUUGCCUAUUGAAAAUGUUAUCGAUUUAAAAUAUAAUUUUAAUAGAAAAAACUUAUUAAUUGUCACUAUUAAAUAUUGGUGUAUAUUCGAUUCUGAAUAUUUUAAUUGUUUGUAUAAAAUUAAUAAUAUUGUUGAUAAUGAAAAACUUUUAGGUGGAAAUUAUUGUAAUUCUAACAUUGUUAUUUGGACUGAUUGUGGAAAAUUUUACAUAUAUUCUGAAAAUAAUAAUACUCGACCUCAUUUAAAAACAGUAUUUUUAGAUGAUUUUUAUUUAAAAACAUUGUUUAAUCCUGCCAUGACUGUUUUGGAAAAUAAAAACAGAGAAAUAUACUUUUUUAGGGGUGAUUCAUAUGGACAAAUAAACAUUUGGACUUACUCCAGUUUUGACAAUGUAUCAAAUUUUUCUUCUGUUAAACCUGUGUUGUCGACUGCACUUAGCGAUAAUUGGAGUACCGUCAAAAAGGGCUUUUUUGAUAACAUUGCAAGUUGCAGUAGCUGCUUAGAAGGUAAUAUAUUAAUUUUGCCUGCUGUGCAAUCAAUGAUGUCCUACAGUUUUUAUUCUUUUGAUAAACCAUCCUAUAACAUAUUGUCAGGUCAUAAAGGUAAAGUUAAUUGUUUGAUUCAUCCUCAUUCUAAAUAUUCUCAUUACGAUAAAGCUCACGUUGUUAGCGGAAGCUCUGAUUUUUCCGUUUGUUUGUGGGAUGUUUUCAAAUUGGAACUCCUUCACAGAUUUUGCGUACAAAGCGGAGAAAUUUUGAGGUUGAUCAUACCGCCCGUAACGUGCAGUCCUAAAAUAAAACAAAGCAUUUGCAGUAUUUCAUCAGAUCAUUCUGUGGCAAUUUUAAAUCUGACUGACAAAAGAUGCGUUAUUUUAACGUCGAGCCACAUGUUUCCCGUUGUUACGAUUAACUGGAAGCCGUUGGACGGGUUUCUAAUCGUCGAAUGUUUCGAUGGUACGGUUUUCGUGUGGGAAACGGAAACUGGUAUUUUGGACAGGGUUUUAAAUGGCGUCAUCGCUCAAGAAGUCAUUUUUGCUUGCAACGAAAAAAACAUUUGUAACCCUCCCGCCGCUCUUUUUAAUUUUUACACCGACGAUGGAGGAGUGAAAAGAAAAAAUUCCUUACGCAGGGAUUUUUACGAAAUAACCGGUGACAACGUUGAAACGUCCUCCACAUGCCUAUUUAAAAUGAACGGUUUUUUAACGAGUAAAAAAUCCGAGAGUCACGUUUUCCUAUGCAAUAUCGAUAAUUUAUUUACGAAAAUAAUUUCCGAUCAAAAUACUCAUAAUGAGCGACGCGUCGAAAAUUGUUGCGACGACGACGACGCAAAAUUAUAUUUAUUAACACAAAUGCUGAAUCCGGAUUCGACGAAAAAUAAUGCGAGUAAACCAUUGGAAAAUAUUAAAUCCGACGACGCUUUGAUUCUCAAUCAAAACGGAUCAAAAUCAUUUGAUAAUAAUAAUAAAAUGAUGUCCGUAAUAAAAUACGACGGGGAAACCGGAAAUGAUGAAAACGAUUGUUUGCUCUCGUUGAAUUCAAUGUUUAAAAUUCUUCGAUUCGUUUUGUCUUCUUUUCACGUUUGGGAUCUCGAUCCUUUAUUCCUAUCGAAUUGCAAAAGUGUUUAUCAACUGAGUUCCAGCGUGUUAGCCACGACUUGUUUGAUAAUGACCGCAUUAUCGAGCUUGUUGAAAUCGAUUUCUCUCGUUAAAAUAUCGAACGGUCAAGAGGGAGACAAAGAAGAAAACGAUGAUGACACGUGGGAAAAAUUGUACGAAUUUUACGAACACGUGUGCAUGAAUGUCGAUAACGGUUACAACGUGACGAAACCCAGGAUCGACGUAUUGGUUAGGGGUUGGUGCAGCAGUAGUUAUCACAUACGUAAAGUUUCUAGAAAAUUAUUACCCAUUUAUUUGAGUUCUUUGCUUCAGAAAGAAGAUCACGUGGAUUUGUUAAAAUUUUGGUUUAAAUAUUUACCGCAUUUUAAAUUUUCAUCCAAAACAAAAAUUCCGGACAAAGAUGAUUUGGACGACGUGAAUCAUUCGAUCGUUGCACUCAUACUUUUCGGUUCCGAAAAUUACGUUUAUCAAACGUGUGCAUCGUUCGUGUAUUUGCUCCUGAUGUCGAACAACGAUAGACAAUGUUUUAACGAAUUGCGUGAUAUCGCCAUAGAUUUCAUCGGACGCGGAUACAUAUUGUGGGAGCAAUUUUUAAAAAUGGAAAAAAUUUUACCCGUUUUUUUCGAAAUAUGCACGAACAUGUUGAAAAACAGUUACGAAUUUAACAACAGACCGUUUGGAAUUUGUCUCACGGCACACGACGCACUCAAAGCCAUAGCUCUCGCAAGAACGUCGGCUUUCAUAAAAUGUCUCACGACGGAAAUGACUCGAAUGAAACCUUCGAGCGGAAAUAAAAAUGGCGGCGGCGGCGGCGGCGACGAUAAUUUCGCAAUAGAAAAUUCAAAAGCGGAAAUUUUAUCCGUAAUUGUUUUCCUAUUGGAAAAAACUCCCUACAUAAUGUUGCUUUAUUUAAACGAAGUCAUUUCGAUAUUCGUUUACUGCAUCGAUUUGAGUCAUUUCAAACGGGAAAACCUGAGCGACAUGAUACCGAUUAUGAAAAAAUUUCGUCAGGUACAUCAUUGUUUGAACGGACAAAAAAUAGCCGUCGGAUUGAGUACGGGUUCGAUAGUCAUACACGAUUUAAAAUCGAAAAAAAUCCUUUCCGCGACGGCACACAAAGACUCGAUAAGCGCGAUAAAAUUUUCCGACGAUGGAAAACACGUGGCAUCGUAUAGCUUUUACGAAAAUCGUUUGACGCUCUGGCAAGUUUUGACGGGCAUUUUCGGUUUGGGACAAAUACAAAUAAAAAUGUUGAAAAGUUUCGAAACUUACCGAAUACACGACGAAGAAAUAAAAAAUCAUUUUGAAAUAGCACAAUUGAUUUGGAUCGAUAAUAAAUCGAUAUCAUUGAGUCUUUGCGACGGAACGGAAACGAUUUUUCACAUGUGA